ACUCAAGAUACGCUUAGGGGGUCCCAAGGGUAAAAGUAGGUAGAGUGUACAGGUCCUUGCUAAUACUCUUUCACGGAAUAACGACGGGAUGAUAUUUGUUGGUUGCUGGUUGAUUAGUCUACCCUUUUAGCCCAACACCAAUGCUCGGAACCGCUUAGUCGUAAGCGUCCGAGAUUGAUGGAUGGUGACGAUGAUGCUGAUGAUGUGACGGUGCCAGCUCCCCCAUCACCCAAUUUGGGCACAUGGCAUAUUCGAAUUAGAACGGGCUUAGUUUGUCCAAAAUGUCUGCCGAACAUAAAGCCUGCCUUCCUCCUCCGUCAAGCUCGCUUCUUACCUCUCUCCAUGCUCGAGCGAGGCUGAAGAACUAUCUUAUACUGCUCGACUAAAUCAUCCUGGAGCAUCAUGGGUCUCUUCGCCAAAUUCCAACAUCAUGAGAAUGCUCCGUCGACGGGCCGACCAUCGACGGAGAAAUCCACCGAGAACAACUAUGAUGCGGAGAAGGUGGAGAUGGAAGGCCCGGAGGACCACUCUCAUGUGCAUCGUUUGACCCUAAGAACCUUUUUUAUGGGUCUCUUGGUAUCCAUGGGCGGUUUCAUCUUUGGAUAUGAUACGGGUCAAAUCUCCGGAUUCCUCGAAAUGAAGGAUUUCUUGAAAUGCUUCGGUCAAUACGACCCCAAAAAAGGAUAUUACUUUAGCAAUGUCCGCGCCGGUCUCAUUGUUGCUUUGCUUUCAAUCGGUACCUUGAUUGGGGCGUUGAUGGGAGCGCCCGUCGCCGAUCGCCUUGGUCGACGGCUCUCAAUCAGCUUCUGGAGCUGUAUCUUUGCUGUUGGCGUUGUUGUACAGAUUUCCACGGACCAUAAAUGGUAUCAAGUCGCCGUCGGCCGGUUGGUAGCUGGUUUCGGCGUUGGAGCGCUAUCCGUUCUUGUGCCCAUGUUUCAGAGCGAGUCUGCUCCACGCCAGGUCCGAGGAGCAUUAAUCAGCGCGUACCAGUUGUUUAUCACGCUCGGCAUUUUUACUGCCAACUGCAUCAACUUUGGCACAGAAAAGCGGACCAAUACAGGCGCAUGGCGGAUUCCUAUGGGGGUUGGGUGGAUUUGGGCCCUGAUCUUGGGCAUUGGAGUCUUAUUCUUCCCAGAAACGCCGCGUUUCGAUUUCCGCCAUGGAAGGGUCGAGAAAGCUAGGCACACAAUGGCGAAGCUUUAUGGCGUCCCGCUGAAUCACCGCGAGAUCAAUCGCGAAAUGCGAGAGAUCAAGGAGAAACACGAUAUCGAGCAUAUGGGUGGAGCGCACCCUUGGUAUGAGAUCUUCACCGGGCCUCGCAUGGCAUACAGGACGCUUCUCGGAAUCGCGCUCCAGGCUCUGCAGCAGCUAACGGGAGCCAACUUCUUCUUCUACUAUGGAACAUCAAUUUUCACUGCGACCGGAAUCAAGAAUAGUUACGUCACCCAAAUGAUCUUGGGAGGUGUCAAUUUUGGCACCACCUUUGGUGGUCUGUAUGUCGUCGAGCAUUUUGGUCGUCGCAAGUCGCUCAUAAUCGGCGCGCUCUGGAUGUUCGUUUGCUUCAUGAUCUUUGCUUCCGUCGGUCACUUUGCUCUAGACAGAGCAAACCCUCCCAAUACACCCCAUGCAGGCGCUGCAAUGAUCGUGUUUGCCUGUCUCUUCAUCACUGGCUUCGCCAUGACUUGGGGACCCAUUGUCUGGGCGAUUGUCGGUGAGAUGUACCCCAUGAGGUACAGAGCCAAGUGUAUGGGAAUCGCCACCGCUUCCAACUGGACGUGGAAUUUCCUGAUUAGUUUCUUCACGCCGUUCAUCACACCCGUGAUUGAUUUCCGUUAUGGCUACGUCUUUGCCUCUUGCUGUUUCCUCGGCGCCGUGGUCGUCUACUUCUUCGUCUGCGAAUCUCAGGGCAAGACCCUUGAAGAAAUUGACACCAUGUACAUUCUCCAUGUCAAGCCCUGGGAAAGCAGCAAGUGGAUCCCCCCAGACAAUGAGGACCUUGUGACUGCCGACCGCCUUAAUCUCGAACCUGGUGCUCGCAGUAUUCGAAAGAACAAUGAGGCAGGCGGAGGAGGUGUUCAGCAGCUUGAGCGAGGCGGCGAAGAUUCUCACCCUAAUGAAGCCGCCUAUGCGUCUGGUGCGCAGUGAAUGAUCCCGUGGAAGGGUUUUGGGAUGUGUGGAAUUUUUGAUACCAUUCUUUCUUGUGGUUAUAUUCUCUCGGUCGGCGUUUGCGAGCAUCGAGGUUGUUACUGCAUUAGUGAUAUCUGGUUUUCCAUCGAUGGUAGGUAUUUUGACUCGUCAUUGUUGUCAUGCUGGAUGCUUUUUCUGCACUUGGCACAAUGUCUAGUAUCAUUUUAAUAAAUAAUAAUCGAUAAUUAAAAAUGAGCUCAAUUCAUUGCCGU